AUGGCCGCCUCCACUGAGCCUAUAAGUCGUCAGCAGUCCACCUGUCAAACUGUUCUAUUGCCGACAGCCUCAGUGAAGGUUUACAACCCGAGCGGCGACCACUUAACGGUUCGAGCUCUAUUGGACUCGGGUUCCCAGCGUAGUGUGGCCUCUACUCGGUUGGUGGGAAGACUGGGGCUCCCCUGGAGCUCUGAAUCACGUCCGAUGGUAGGUAUCGGAGGUGCCGAGCCUCCUGCUCCUAGGGGACAAGCGGAGUUGGUGUUCAGCCCUGACAGCGAACACCUUCGUAUUUUAGUCAAGGUAAAUGUCCUCGACGACAUUGUAGGGUUCCUCCCUAACGUUCGUAUAAAUGACAGCGCUGUGCGCUGUGCGUCGGCUUUGAGACCGGCAGACCCUCGGUGA